AUGGCGCUCUCGUCAUAUUUUGCCAACACAAAUAACACCACUAUCAUUAGCCUGUGCUCAUUCCUAAGUCCUUUCACAGGUAUUGUUCUACUGUUCGAGAGUUGUCAUGAUAUACCCGUUACUACAGAUAAAAGCAUGAUGAGUAAGAGAAAAAUGGGCGUGAAAGGACUCUGGCGCAUCCUGCAGGAGGCUCAGGAGGACGUGCCCCUUGAACAGCUUAGGGAUUCCGUGCUAGCUCUAGAUGCUUCGGGCUGGGUCGUCAACAUGGGGCUCAGAUCCUUCUUCUAUCGCGUAAGGAACCUCGUCCGGGCGGGCAUAGUGCCCCUUGUUGUCCUGGACGGAAGAGUGCCACAGGAAAAGCUGCCAGUCGUCGCCGAACGCAGAUGGAAUUCUUUACGGUACAAGGCCAGAAAGCUCUCGUCGGCUGAGAGGAAAAAAAUGUAUGAGGAUCCGUGCACCACCAGGCCAACAGCUGCACUUACCCAGGUGCUGAAGGGGUUGGGCGCACCUGUCAUACGGAGUGAAGGCGAGGCCGAGAAACUGUGCUCUUGGCUAGACCAGAGGGGGGUCGUGGACGGCGUGAUCUCCAGUGACAGCGACGCCUUCCUCUACGGCGCCGAGACUGUGUACCGACAAGUGUCUACGCGCCCAGGCGGAGUGUGCAAGAGGAUACAAAGCCGCGAUGUGAGGGCGUGGUGUGGACUGUCCAGAUGGUCGCUGAUUGGCGUGGCCGCCCUCCUCGGCUGUGACUUCCUCCCGGGCGGCGUCCGGGGUAUAGGGCUCACCAGGGCCCUGAAGCUCCUCCGUCAGGCAGAUCCUCGGAACAAGCGGGAUCUACGUGAGUUUCUCAAGCCGUUCUUUCAAGGCCAAGAUCGGAAGCACUUGAAUCUGGUGCUGGACGAGUUCCUCACGCCCCCCGCCCUCUGGGACUUCGUGCACACCGAGAUGCUGGAGCCAGACAUCUACGCCUUUGCGGAAGUAACAAACAGGCAGUGGGGAUGGUCACCAAAGGAGAGCUUAAUAGCCAUUGCGCCCGUGUUGAUUAGAUGGCAUCUUGAAGGCGAAGAGACCCGAGGCGUAGAAAUCACUCCAGUGUCUUCCAAAGGCAUCUCGACGACCUGCGCUGAGGGAAGGGGCCCUCGCAGUGGUAAGUCUGACGAGUUCGAUCCCGAGGAGCAAAGUGAUCGAGAGAUAGUAAAGCUAGAGGAAGAGGAAAGUGAAAAGAGCGACGGUCACACAGCAAAGGCCGAGGAUACACUGGCCGAGGUGGAGUCUAGGUGUAAGGAGCUCAAGUCCGAGUCGAAGGCCAAAGCGGGAUGUCGCGACGAGCAUCUUCAGAGACUCCGAUUUUUCGACAGUUUCUCCAUCAGAAACAUAAAGAUACUUAUGGCCGCACCUUAA